UUGGGCACACAGCAGCCUCAGCCCAGAAAUAGUCUUUAUUAAUGUCCUUGGCCACACAGUAAAAAAAGAGCUUGUCUGUUGAAAGGCUGGCUUAGACAGCAAAAGGAUGUCCUCUGUCCUGUUGUUCAGUUGAAUGUACAGCGGUGGAGGUGGAUCUAUCUGUCCAUUCCGGUCCGAGGGAAUGCAUGUGCUUUUAGUUUGCAUUAAAACUACACAGACUUAUGGGAGCACCAUUAGACUUGAUCUAGCCUGUGGUCUGUCUCUCUAGACUGGAGUGAAACUGUGCUCGGUUACUGGUUCUAUAGGCAGCGGUUGCUAGCAGGGGAGGACCACAGCCAACUCAGACGUCCCUACUGUACCUAGACUGAACUUGAUGCACAACCAUUCUGGACUGAGGUGUCCAUUGCCCCAAAUGAAGUGUGAAAUCAAAUCACAGUGAUAAUCACACAGGCAGGGCACUCGCUGGACGCUACAGUAAUAUAUGUGAGAUGAAGGCCCAGCGAUGCUGCUGAGAUCCCCUCCGCCUCCUCGCCUCUGACGCCAUUAUGCUGAAGACGGAGGCCUCGGGGGAGAGGACCACUCUCCGGAGCGCCUCCCCUCACCGCAACGCCUAUAGGACAGAGUUCCAGGCCCUGAAGAAGGCCUUCGACCAGCCGCCCCGGCAGGACAGCAAAGAGCCCCAGCUCAAGGACCCUGAGCGGGUCACCCAGCGUCGAGGACGACAGUAUGGCGCACACGUCAGCCGCAUCAAGGACAUGUUCAUGCAGAUGCAGGGGACAGAGAGCACCGUCGCCGCCACCAGGCGGGAAGACCCAUCGCCUCAGAAGAUAACCAAGCCCACCAACUUCAUCAACAAGGCGGACGGCUCGGUCAUCAAGCUGACGCAGCACCCUACAGCAGACCGAACCAGUGCACGGUCAAAGGUCAUAGAGACCAGGAGGCUGUUUGAGCAGCAGUCGCGCGACGCCUCCCAGUCACCCGUCUACUCCUACGGUCGGGAGAAGAGGGGUUCUUAUGAGCACCUGGACGACUGGCGAGGGGCGCGCUCCAACAGGGGCAGCACAGACUCCUUGGACUCGCUGUGUUCCAGAACAGAAGCCCAGUCACCCACAGUGAGCCAGCUGAGCGCUGUGUUUGAGAAUGUCGACCAACAGGGAGGGGGAGGAGGGGGCGAGGGUCCGUUCCGGCGAGGCUACCGAGGCCGGGCACUAUACUCCCCUGACAAUUCCCACCGGCACAGCGACGUCAGCGAAGACGACUCACGCCAGUCCCCAGUGCCUGGCGGAGGGUGUAGGAUCCGCGUGGGGGGAAAAUUCCCCAUAUCCUCGUCCUCAGAGGACCUCCUCAGCCCCAGCCCGCUAUCAGAGGCAGUGGAGCUAAAACCCGUCCCGCAGCAGGAGGAGCCCCAGGAGAGAGAGGAGACAGCAGGGGAGUUAGAACAGAGGGACAAAGAGAGACAUCCCGUAAGGGCCACCACCAACGGAGGCGAGGUGAACGGAUCGUGUGAUGAGAAACAGGCGGAGGAAACCGAAACCUUCAGAGAGACGGAGGGAGUCUGCAUGGACUCAAGGCCCACGACUGACACCAUUGUCGGGGACAAGACUUCUGAGGACACCCCGGAUACCCCAGCCAUCCCAGCCACCCCAGCCAAGGAUGAAGCCCAAGAGGAGGCAGAGGCCCUUGGGGAGGAGGUGGAGAUGGAGAAGGCUUCCUCCAGGCCCAGGGUUUCUCUAGAGGACCAGGCAGAAGUGCCCAAUGAGGAAUACAGUGGGAACGAAAGGGUGAUUUUUAACACGGACGGGGACGCGUGCUACCAGGGCUGGGGGGAGAGCUGUACUGACCCUGACGAUGACAUAUAUGGUGAUGAUGAUGUCAUCUAUGACCCUGGGAAUGAUCUUACUGAGAUCCCUGGUCUACCAGAAGAAGAGAAGGAGGAUAUCCCCCAGAAGAGGAAACUACGCUUCAGUACCAAACCCAUGAUGGUGUUCAACACCUACUGUAACGAGGACUAUGACAGGAGGAAUGAGGAGGUGGACCCGGUGGCCUCGUCAGCAGAGUACGAGCUGGAGAAGAGGGUGGAGAAACUGGAGCUGUUCCCUGUAGAGCUGGAGAAAGAUGAUGAUGGCCUUGGUAUCAGCAUCAUAGGGAUGGGAGUGGGUGCUGACGCCGGUCUGGAGAAACUUGGUAUCUUUGUCAAGACUGUCAUUGAGGGCGGGGCGGCUGAGAGAGAUGACAGUGUGUUGUUUCGUAGGAUCAAAGUGAACGACCAGAUUGUAGAGGUGGACGGCACCAGUCUGGUGGGAGUGACCCAGAGCUUUGCUGCCUCCGUCCUGAGGAACACCCAGGGAGUGGUCAGGUUUGUGAUUGGUCGAGAGCGUCCGGGCCAGGUGAGCGAGGUGGCUGCUCUGAUCCAACAGACUCUGGAGCAGGAGAGGAGACAGAGAGAGAUGCUGGAGCAGCAGUAUGCCCAGUAUGCCCAGUACGACGAUGAGACAGGGGAGUACGCCACUGAUGAGGAGGAGGAGGAGGAUGAGGAGGCAGGGCCAGCUGCGGACAGGGCCAGAGACGGGGAGGGCGACGGCGAGAAGAGCAUUGAGGUGUUCGAUUUGCCAGAAGCGGAUGACAUCAUUUCCCCCUCAGAGUUGGAUGCCACCAAACUCUACCAGAAGUUCAGAGAGCUGCAGAUCAAGCACACUGUCACCGAGGCAGAGAUACAGAAGCUCAAAAACAAGCUAGCAGCGGUGGACAGGGAGAAGGCGCGCUGGGAGAAGGAGAAGAGCCAGCUAAAGGCCAGCAUGGAGGAGAACAAGGAGAGGAUGCUGAAGCUGGAGAGUUACUGGAUCGAGGCCCAGACCCUGUGCCACACGGUCAACGAGCACCUGAAGGAGGCCCAGUGUCAGUACACCACCCUAGAGAAGAAGUACAACAAGGCCAAGAAACUCAUCAAAGAUUUCCAGCAGAAGGAGGUGGAGUUUGUCCAGAAGGAGGAUGCAGAGAGGAAGAGGCUGGAGGAUGCAGAGAAGUCCCACCUGGAAGAGAUCCAGGGACUGCAAGUCAGGAUUGCAGCCCUGGAGUUUGAGCUGAUGCAACUGAUGAAGCAAAAUGGCAUCCAGGUGAACAACAACAACAGUGCCCAACGGAGUCCUGGAAAGGCCGGUCCUGCCAGAGAGAUGAGUGAGGCGCUUCCAGAGACUCUCCAGAGACUCUCCAGAGGACUACUACGGGACAGCAUCAGCUCUACAGAGGGAGAGGCAUCAGAGGGCCCUGGCAGUACUCGUUCGUCCAUCCGGAGUGCAGCUUCCAGUACUGUGGAUGAGUCCAGACCCUCCAGGGCCCCUGGCAGUGCUGAGGACUCCCCCAGACACACCCUCCUCCAGCAGGCUGCAGACAACGACGGGUCUCAGUCUCCUGUGGUGUCCAGCCCCUCUCUCAGCCUGGAGGAGAAGACCAUCAGGAGAGGUCUGGACCCACUGACACGAAGCAAAGGGAAGGACCCCAGAAGCUCACCUGGAAACAGUUCUACAGAACCCUCUGCUGAGAAUAGCCCAGAGAAACUCAAGGCCAAGAAAUCUCUUACAUGGCCACACUUCUUCUCCUAUUCAUAUUACUUGGGUCCUGUGGUGAAGGAUGAUCUGAGUGUCAGCAGUAGCAGCUCAGUGGAGGUCAGUGGUCUGCUGACUGAAGCCAAGAUGUCCGGUCGCUCACACACCCUGGUGCUCUCCUCAGACGAGAGUCUGGAUAUGAUAGAUGACGAGAUCCUAGAUGAGGGCCAGUGCCCCAAGCAGCACCAGUGGCAGAACAUCAGUGUGACAGAGUGGACCUCCCAGCAGGUGUCCCGCUGGCUCAUGGGACUAAAUCUGGAGCAGUACAUCCCAGAGUUCACGGUCAACAAUGUGGACGGAGACCAGCUACUGCAGCUGGACAGCACUGAGCUCAAGACCCUUGGCGUUGCCUCCUCCCAGGACCGGGCUCUGAUCAAGAAGAAGGUGAAGGAUCUCAAGGUCCUGAUGGAGAAGGCUCGGCGGAACCGGCAAAAACUUGACAAACGGCGAGCGAAGCUUCGCAAGAAAGAGCUUGAGCAGCAAAAGAAACAGGCCCACAAACCCAGCAACAAGGGCCACUCCGAAACAGCAGGGGGUGCAGCAGAGUAACCCACGCCUUUAAGACCUACCUCUCCUUGUCUUUCUACCAACCACCGCUACCAAGUAACAUCUCCAGGGAUAGAAACAGUCAGCAGAAACACGGAGCUGAACACCUAACAGGGCUUGAGCUCAGGCUGUAGUGGUGGAGGCUGUCGAACUACUGUACCACCAAACAGAUGAUACCAAAAUGAGCAGACAGUUGGAUAGUAAAGAUGCUGCCCCCCCACCUGCCUCUCACCUCGUAGUGUUUCCAAACCUCCUGCUCCAUUACAUUUGAUUUAUUUUGGUGUAAUUUAGAUAUAUUUAUUCAUUUUAAAAGUCUGAGUAUCUUUUUAAAAGUCAUAUCACAUCUGUCUGUGUUCCUCCUCUUUCUAUGAUGUGUUAUAUAAAACACCUUUAGACAUAAUGAAAAAGUAGUGAAUGUACAUAUAUGAUAAGAUAUUGAUAAAUAUGUCUAAUGUGCCAUUUUUUAUAUAGAGAACAUGUCUAUCCUGUGCAGAUAGCUAGAUGGAUUUAUAAAAUCUGAAUCUCCCCUCAUAGCUCUGAUGAAGCACAUUACAUAUUGUAUAAAAGGCCUGUGUAGUGGAUGGUGGUGCAAUUACUGAAUCUCACCACUAGGGGCCAGACCUGUGUAGUGGAUGGUGGUGCAAUUACUGAAUCUCACCACUAGGGGCCAGACCUGUGUAGUGGAUGGUGGUGCAAUUACUGAAUCUCACCACUAGGGGCCAGACCUGUGUAGUGGAUGGUGGUGCAAUUACUGAAUCUCACCACUAGGGGCCAGACCUGUGUAGUGGAUGGUGGUGCAAUUACUGAAUCUCACCACUAGGGGCCAGACCUGUGUAGUGGAUGGUGAUGCAAUAUCCAGAUCUCACCACUAGGGCCCAGGCCUGCUGCUUGAAUCCUACCACUGGAGAAUGACAACAACACUGGAACUACUCAAGAGGAACUCAAGUCUAUUGAGCAGACAAGUUUCAAGACUUAGUGGAAUAAGAACCAAGCCUGUGGGAGGAACAAUAAGUAUUUAUGUUCUUUACUGGAACUACACUGGAGGUCCCAACACUGGAAGUUAAACUACUGUAUGAACUAAACCCUUUACUCUGCAUACAGUAAACCUGCCUCCGUAUCGUAUUAGAGCACUUCACACUAUGAAUGACUAAAGUCGUAGUGGGUCGACUGAUUCCUCUUUGUGUGAGGUGAACAUUUCCAUGAAUUUGUAACAUACCAAACCCUGCUCCAAAAACAUUAUGGUGGGAUUUCAAGAGAAGAUCCUGAGUUAUGCAUAAUGUCGCUUCUUCAACCUCUUCCUGUAACCUGCUUUCAACCUCUAGUUGAUGUUAUCUAAAAAAGUAAAGUAAUUCCCAAACGUUGCCUUUUCAUAACGCCACCCGCUUUUAUCCGAGUGUUAAAAUAGAGUGAGACCACAUUUACUUAUCCAUUAUUCUAUUUCAUUUCCCAAAUGUCUCUAAGCUGGCAAAUAAGAUGACCAUGCCGUCAUUCUUUUGUGAUUGGAUCUUUUCAGAUGAUUCUCUUUGCGUUGUAUGCCCUGGGAUAACGCAAAGCCUCUUUGGUUAGUAUUCUUAGAACAGGGCGUAGUAUUUACCCCACUAACUGGGUUUAUUGGUUUGUUUACGUGUUUGUUUAUUUGUUUGUUUAUUUGGAUUCCCAUUCGUUUUUUCCCGAAGCAGCAGUUACUCGUUCUGCGGUCCACAAAAACCCCACAAAACAUGACAAGUAACAAAAUACUGAUACACUGAUAAACAACAGCAGUCACACACAUUUGAAAUACAACGACACACAAACAAUACAACAAGAAAAAUAAACCAAACAACAAAACUAAACUGAAACAUGAAGAAAGACACAAAAUGAAAGGAGAGGGUUGUAUUUGUUGUACAGGUUCAUUACAGGUUCAUCAUGACUGGGGCCCUUGGUUUCGCCGCGGGACGUACACGAUUACAAACAUUGCACUAGAUACAUGCACGCAAUACAGUCCGACCACUUUGGAUUUUAUAUCUCAAUGUUUCUUAAUAGAUACCUUUACCUUUUUGAAAUGACAUGGACAUAGUUGCUGUGAUGAUGCUGUAUGCAAUAUGUCUUUUGAAUAUAUGUCAGUCAUUCUGUUCCAUUAUCUUACCCAGGAAUCAUCAUUUGGUCAUGUUUACAUACAAUGUAUGGCCAUUGAAAUGUCUCCAUGACGGUGAUGCUACUGUUGUUGCAACAGAGUAGGGUGAAGUUGCCCCUUGACACUGAUCUUGUGUCAGUUUUGCAUUUCCUCCACUAAUGGUUAAGGUUAGGAUUGGAGGAGAAGAAGCUGAUCCUAGAUCUGUACCUAGGGCAAACUUCACCCCGGAGCCUGAUGCAACAGAAACAUGUAAGGCAGCUUUGGAUACAGUAGUUCCCAUCCCUGUUAAAGGGAUAGUUCACUCAAAAACAAAACACAUCAGCGUCACAGUUUCUGCUCUGUACUGAAAGUGCUCUAUUUUGAAAACGUGACUGCUGACACGCACAAUUCUGUGGGAUUGUGUUAACAGUGGACUAAUGAACAAAAUGCUAACGGAUAGUUUUUCAGUGAACUGUCCCUUUAAAGAGAAAUAAAUAUGAUAGUACCAUGCAAUGCCACUUAGAUUACACUGGUAUUAAUGUUUAUUUGAUAUUAUUUGUAAUGUUUAUGCUAAAAACAAAGCAUUUUGGCUAUUGUUUAUAAUAACUUAUGCAACAUUAGAGUAUUAACGCAUAAUUAUAAUAUCGAGAAAUUGUAUGAAUACCCUUUUGCCAAAAAAAUCUAAAACAAAUGUUCAUAAAAUGUCUUAAAAAUGAUCAGGAAAUCGAGGGAUUACCGAGGCUUGAAGUGUGUAUGUUAACCCGGUUUAGGGCUCUAUUCAAUCCGUGGCGUUGAAGAACCGCUUUAUAGUGCGGUUGACAAUGAAAUGCAAUGUUCCCGCAGUCGCAGAGACUGCAUUCAUGGUAAACGCUGCAUAUGUCAGAUCAAUCGGAAAUUGCCUUAACAUCACGCGGAUCUUCCGCGAUACUUCGGCGAUAUGGAUUGAAUCCAGCCCUUAAAUAGCAUAACCUGAGCAACAACAACAAAAUCCCCUUCCUCUUUCAUUGUGAUUGUAGUUGCAGUGUCCUUCCUGUCACGUUACCCCACUGCUACUCUUAUAACAGAGCGUCUGGGGUUAUGCUACGAUGAAACCCUUUUCAACACUACUCCAACCUAUUCCCAACGCUCACCCACCCAGUCUACCAUUGGAUAGUACUCUGACUUUUGUAUGUACAGUAAAAGCUGAAAGCAA